CACCAAGUCCGGCGGCGGCGGCGGCGGCGGAGGCGGCCGGGAGGAGGAGGAGGAGGAGGAGGCGGAGGACGCGGCGGUGGCGGCGGGGACGCGGUGACUUAGGGCCGCUCCGUUCUGCUUUUUUUCCACCGAUGUAACAGACCUGGAGCCAGCAAGACUCAGAGGAGAGGACUUAAUCAAGUUUAUGUGUCCUAAAGGUUAUGAAGACAGCAUGGAGUUUCCAGACCACAGUAGACAUUUGCUGCAGUGUCUGAGCGAGCAGAGACACCAGGGCUUUCUUUGUGACUGCACUGUUCUGGUGGGAGAUGCCCAGUUCCGAGCGCACCAAGCUGUGCUGGCUUCGUGCAGCAUGUACUUCCACCUCUUUUACAAGGACCAGCUGGACAAAAGAGACAUUGUUCAUCUGAACAGCGACAUUGUUACAGCCCCCGCUUUCGCUCUCCUGCUUGAAUUCAUGUAUGAAGGGAAACUCCAGUUCAAAGACUUGCCCAUUGAAGACGUGCUAGCAGCUGCCAGUUAUCUCCACAUGUAUGACAUUGUCAAAGUCUGCAAAAAGAAGCUGAAAGAGAAAGCCACCACUGAGGCCGACAGCACCAAAAAGGAAGAAGACGCCUCAAGUUGUUCUGACAAAGUCGAGAGCCUCUCGGAUGGCAGCAGCCACAUGGCCGGCAACCUGCCCAGUGAUGAAGAUGAAGGUGAAGAUGAAAAACUGAACAUCCUGCCCAGCAAAAGGGACUUGGCAGCGGAGCCUGGGAACGUGUGGAUGCGAUUGCCCUCCGACUCGGCAGGCAUCCCCCAGGCAGGCGGAGAGGCAGAGCCACACGCCAUAGCAGCUGGGAAAACAGUAGCCAGCCCCUGCAGCUCAACAGAGUCUUUGUCCCAGAGGUCUGUCACCUCCGUGAGGGAUUCGGCAGAUGUUGACUGUGUGCUGGACCUGUCUGUCAAGUCCAGCCUUUCAGGAGUUGAAAAUCUGAACAGCUCUUAUUUCUCUUCACAGGACGUGCUGAGAAGCAACCUGGUGCAGGUGAAGGUGGAGAAAGAGGCGUCCUGUGAUGAGAGUGAUGUUGGCACUAAUGACUAUGACAUGGAACAUAGCACUGUGAAAGAGAGUGUGAGCACUAACAACAGGGUACAGUAUGAGCCGGCCCAUCUGGCCCCUCUGAGGGAGGACUCGGUCUUGAGGGAGCUGGACCGGGAGGACAAAGCCAGCGAUGACGAGAUGAUGACCCCUGAGAGCGAGCGUGUGCAGGUGGAAGGGGGCAUGGAGAGCAGCCUGCUCCCCUACGUGUCCAACAUCCUGAGUCCCGCGGGCCAGAUCUUCAUGUGCCCUCUAUGCAACAAAGUCUUCCCCAGCCCGCACAUCCUGCAGAUCCACCUGAGCACGCACUUCCGCGAGCAGGACGGCCUGCGCAGCAAGCCCACCGCCGAUGUCAAUGUGCCCACGUGCUCGCUGUGUGGGAAGACGUUCUCGUGCAUGUACACGCUCAAGCGCCACGAGAGGACUCACUCGGGGGAGAAGCCCUACACGUGCACGCAGUGCGGCAAGAGCUUCCAGUACUCCCACAACCUGAGCCGCCACGCCGUGGUGCACACCCGCGAGAAGCCCCACGCCUGCAAGUGGUGCGAGCGCAGGUUCACGCAGUCCGGAGACCUGUACAGACACAUCCGCAAGUUCCACUGUGAGUUGGUGAACUCCUUGUCGGUCAAAAGCGAAGCACUGAGCUUGCCCACUGUCAGAGACUGGACCUUAGAAGAUAGCUCUCAAGAACUUUGGAAAUAAUUUUAUAUAUAUAUAUAAAUUAUAUAUAUAUAUAUAUAUACAUAUACAUAUAUAUACAUAGAUCUCUAUAUAGUUGUGGUACGGUCUAAAAGCAGUCUUGUUUCCUGGAACUAAAAAGUUGGGAUCUUAACUUGUUUUUUGCACUUUAGAAUAAUAGCAUGAGAAUCUCACUAAUUUAGCAUUCUGAUAAAAGAGACUUAGAGCAAGUCAGAGAAUAGAGAGGUGUCUUUCCUUUGAAGGAUAGGCUAAGGAAGCCAGUAAGAACCUUCUCAACAAAUUGUCCUAUCACAAAUGCUUUCAUAUGGCUUAAUUUUGUCAACACUGCAUUGUCUUUGAGCUUUUGUGUGUGUGUGUGUGUG